AUGGCAGACGAUCUGGCAGACGUCCCGGAGGCGAGCUUGCGCAACUUGGUGGCGCAAGAAUCGUUGCAGUGGAUCUUUGUGGGUGGAAAAGGUGGCGUCGGCAAGACCACAACCUCUUGCUGUCUGGCGAUUCAGCUGGCGGCACAGCGUGAGAAGGUGCUCAUUGUGUCUACGGACCCAGCGCAUAACCUCAGUGACGCGUUUGGACAGAAGUUUACGCGCGACCCGACGCCAGUGAACGGCUUUUCGAAUCUCUCGGUGAUGGAGAUCGACCCGAACGUGGACCUCGAGGAGAUGAAUGCUGACGGCGUGCAAGACAACUCGGGCAUGGCUUCGUUUAUGAAAGACCUGACUAACUCCAUUCCUGGCAUUGACGAGGCCAUGAGUUUUGCCGAACUCAUGAAGCAGGUGCAGAACAUGGAUUACUCGGUCAUUGUGUUUGACACAGCCCCGACGGGUCACACGCUGCGUCUGCUCAGCUUUCCCAGGGCGCUCGACAAGGCUUUUGACAAGAUCCUGUCGCUCAAGAACCAGUUCUCAGGCAUGUUCUCGCAAGUAUCGGCGUUGCUUGGUGGCGCCCUGCCGUCACAGGAAAUGCUGCUGGGCAAGCUGGAGCAGACGCGCGAAGUCAUCCAGAAGGUGAACGCGCAGUUCAAGGAUCCCGAGCGCACGACCUUUGUGUGUGUCUGCAUCCCAGAGUUCUUGUCGCUGUACGAGACGGAGCGGCUCGUGCAGGAGCUCACGAAGUACGAGAUCGACGUGCACAACGUUGUGGUGAACCAAGUGCUGUACCCGGAGGAGGGCUCGACGUGCAAGAGCUGCAGCGCUCGACAAAAGAUGCAGCAAAAGUACAUUGACCAGAUCUACGAUCUGUAUGAGGAUUUUCACGUUGUGGAAAUGCCGUUGCUGACUGAGGAGGUGCGCGGCGUGCCGUCGCUGAAGGCGUUCUCCGAGAACCUUCUUGCGCCGUAUGAGCCUAACCAGUAA